AGAUACUUGUUGCAUCUUGGAGAGGUGAAGCUUCCAAAACAUUCUCUGUGAAGAUCAGAAUACUUGUUGCAUCUUGGAGAGGUGAAGCUUCCAAAACAUUCUCUGUGAAGAUCAGAAUACUUGUUGCAUCUUGGAGAGGCGAAGCUUUCAAAACAUUCUCUGUAAAGAUCAAACUAUCCUGCAUUUCUGCGAUCUUGCAGGUGAUUUGUUCAGAAUCACAUGGAGUUUAGCGUUGAUGUUGAAACACAUCAUCUUGGGUCUGUGACUGACAAGGAAUAUGGUAACUACGAACUGAAGUCAUCAGACGUUGUUCCCGAAACGGACAGUGGAAUAAUUUCAGUACAGCUUCUUGAAUUUAAGACGAGCCUCCUAGAAGCAGUGGAGGAGUUGCAUAUUCACAGGGAUGCUGAAACCCGUCACGAGGCUCAGAUCUGUAAACUUGUCCUGGAGAAGCAAGAACUAGAGUGGCAGAAGGAGUCUUUACAAAAUCAGAUCAACAGGAUGACAAAAGAACAAUCAGAAGCCCUCGCUGCUGUUAAAAAGCAGUUUCAGGCUCAGAUUCAAGGAAUAGAAGCAGAGAAGGGGAAACACCAGCUGAGUGCUGAAUUAAAGGACAAAGAGAUCACCAGCCUGAAGGAGGAGUUGAAGUUGCUGCAGUUGUUCAAGUACAGUUUGGAGAAGAAAUUAAGUGAGCUGGAACAGAAGGUGCAGCGGCAGACACAAGUGAAGGACAGCCAUCUGAAUCAGCUGGGAGAGGUGGAGAAGCGUUUCAGGACAAUAUCGAGACAGUAUGCUGUGGUCAGACAGGUGCAUGAGAAACUGGAGCAGAAUGUCGAGGAGGCAAUGCGGAUUAACAAGAAACUUGUAUCCAUCAACAAAAAACAAGAAUCUACAAUUGCUGCCCUGAAAAAGGAUGUGGAGAGGCUUAACAGUGAGCUGGUAAAAAGCAAGGUUGUGUCCAUCUGCAGAUCUGGAGAUGAAAAUUCUUAUUACCUGCUGAAAGACCAGCAACUGCAGGAGCUUAAACAAAGGCUGAUAGUGGAGACCGAACUGAAUAAGAAGUUAAGAAAUGAAAUUGCUGCAGAAAGAGCAGAGAAGCAGGAGCUUAUGAGCUCCCUCCAGAAUGCCCAGUGGCUGCUGCAGACUCAGACACAGGCUGUGAGUCGAACUGAGCAACAGCUCCUCAUACACACAGAGGAGUACCAGGUCCUUAAACGAGAACAUGAAAUGGUCCGAGAGAAGAGUAAAGAAAAAGAGGACAGACUUGUGCACUUGAUCAAUGACUACAAACAUUCCAAAAUCACUUUGGAAAAAGAGAUGCAGACUCUGCAUGCAAAGAUGCAGGCAGAUCAGGAAGAGCUUAAAGCUGUUAGAAGGGCAUACGAUCAUCUCCAUGAGAAACACCAGCAACUGUACUCUUCUAUGAUGUAUCAAGCAAGACAUAUUCAUGGCUUAGAGAAUGGCUUAAAGGAUGACUUCGACAUCCAAACAAAUUCUCCUACCAGCCUAAACUGUGAUAUGGAUCUGGACAAGGAUACAUCUUUAGAUAGAGAAACCCGUCAAGCCAGUCUUCAAAAUAAGUGUGAGCAAAUGAGACAUUGCAAAGAAGAUGAAGACUUUCCAGAUGAAAGGACUGCUGAGUGUCAAGAAGCGGCAAUAGGCGGAGAAAACGAUGAGGUUAAUGUUCGUUCACAGAUGGAUCGAACGACUCUGGCAUGUCCACUUUCAGAAGGCCUUGAUGCUUUGGCUCCACAUCAGUCAGAGACAAGUGAGAGAGUCAGUGGAACUGAUGUGACAAAUCAGCAGAUAGAUCCAGCUGUCAAACAAGAAGCUAGUGUCAGUGAAAGCGCACCAGUGCUUGGCGUGUUUGAUAAUGGUCACCCUUCAAACACAGUGCAAAGUUAUACAGAAAGCUGUCUCGCUAAGCUAUCAGAACCCCAAACCAGGUCUGUUUAUGGUGUGGCCAGUGACCCGGUGAUGUCUGAACCCAGGGUUACGCCAGCGGGGAAGAGUCUGUGUGUCUAUGAAACACAAGAGCGCCAGACACCAGAUAAACACACAUCCGAGACAGUGCAUGACUUGAAAGGAGAUGAGCCUCAGACUGCAGCACCUGAGAUGAAUAAGGCUCCGAGUGCCUCACCAAAUUGUGAUAGUAAACCUUGUGUAGGGAAACCAGUCAUUUUUGUGGAAGAAGAUACAGAACCAGCACAUGCACAUAACAAGAGUCCUAUGAAGUACAGACAGUUAGGUGUAGCCUAUUCAAGUCCACAGCAACAAAUCAUUCCUCAAGAGUCAGACUCUUUGGUACCUUGUGCUGCCUCAAUUUCUGACACACCCUUUAGUGAACUACCACUAAGUCCUGAUCAACAGGACACCCUGAAAGUUAUAAACAACCACAUUGGGGUCACUAAGGCAAAAUGUAUCCCAGAAGUGGAGUUGAAUGCCAUUUCCCAUCCUACUGAAUCAUCCUCUCAAAGCACUGUGUUUAUCACGGCUAAUAUAGCAGCAGCUCAAGAUGGAAAUAAAACAGACGAUAUCUGUACGUCUGUUUUAUCUGCACAGAGCAAUGAGCAAAAUGCGGAAGCAUUUCCAGAUUCCCAGAUCUCAAACCCCGAGGAAGAUUCUGUGUUCACUGAUACAAAACUAAGCGAACAGCCAAAUAAUGCAGAAAAGCACGUCACUGGCAUAGAACCAGGUUACAAUGAUGAAAGUAAAAUAUAUGGAUCAUCUCUUGACUUGCCUUUGAAAGAAGCAUUGGAUGCUCAAUUGAAUGGCUCACAAAGUGUGGUAAUGGCGCAAACAAACGAAUCCUCAGCACCCUCAAGAGUGUUAAUUUCUGAGCAGAAAUCGCUGCUGCCCUCUGGGUUCCAGGACCUUCUCAGAUCAUUGUGUACUCCUGUUUUUCCACAGACCACACAAAGAAACCGAGGUGGACCUCUUGACAAGGUAAAUGUUUCAGACAUCCAUCCUAACCGAAAAACCGACCACUACGGUGAAUGGAAUGCGAUAAAAGAGACAUUUUCUGAAAUCUCUGCUGAAAAGGAGAGCAGAAUUCCCAUCUCGUUUGGUUCAGCUCAGCCAGGCAGCCCAGCGGCGUGCUCUGUGGGUAAUGGGCUGAGAAAGAACUGCACUGUUACUCCCCCUCCCAGACGGCACAGUUUGGGAAAAGUGUCUCGGCCCGUGUGUGAAGAAAGAACGCCCACGCCUCUUGAGAAAGAGGACCAUCAGAAGUCUGACAUCAGGGCCCAGAUCGCCAAGAUUGAACAGUUCCUCUCUUCUGAAGGUCUCAGACCGCAAAAAAGACGUAGAGUAGAUGAGUUUGAGCGUUAAAAGUUAUUAUAUUAACACCCGAGCUGUUAUAGAGCUUGAAUAUGGCUGCUUUCUUUUUUUUUUUUGUGUCACCUUUAAUAGACACCUUUAAGUGUAUUAGAUAUUUCACACCUAUCUCAAUCUGAUUGUUUAAUUUUUUUUAAAUUCUGUUUCUUGUUUAUGUGAAACAUGGCCCAAAAAGAUAUCUAACUCAAAUGCAUUUUAUUCCUUGCUCCAUGCUUUACCCUACUGAUAAACAAGGUAAGCUGCUUCACAUAAAACAUGUUAAUUACAGUUUUAAAGCCAAUUAACACUAAUUACUCCCUGGAUGGCCUGUCUUUUCCUCUGAGGACAUUUAAUUUGCCAAACACAAACUGCCACCAACUAUAACUUGUGUUAAUUAAAAUAUUCGAGUAACAGAAAUCAAUUAAUGCACAUUAACCCAAAUUAGCAAAUGCAAAUGAUUCUCUCAUUAAGUUUAUGUUCUCAGUAAGGAGGUUGUUUAGAACAUAUGGACACAUGUUAGGGCGAUUCAGAUGACAAAAUGUGUUGCCGCUGCUGGUCUAGUAGAGAGUUUAUGUUGUAGAACAAUCAGCAGAUGUUAAUGAGCUUUUCAGUCCACCUAAAAAUCUGCAAAACUAAAAUCUAGCGUCAUUGUAAUAUUUGUAUUUGAUUUUGUCUUAGUUUUAUUUGGGAUGUAUGUGUGUUAGUUUGUGUGUUUGUUUUUCUCAUAUGUUCUACAGAACUGGAGCUGAUGCAUGCAUUUUAUUCUGUUUUAUUGUUAGAUAAAUCACAGUUCAUUUUUAAAAUUAAAGCAGUUUAAAGGGCUUAACAAAAUCAUUCUCCUUAGAAGAAAUAAAACCACACUGCAGAAAGAAAAUGUGCACCUCCUGAGGAUGGCACAAGGUCCCUCUUUGGUCUGGCUUAAUACACUUACUCAUUAUUAAUAUGUCAAAAUGUUAAUGUCCUCAUAAAGAAAUCUGAUGUGUUUUGAGUGUCUGUGCCAGCAGUGCUGACCCUUAUCCUUAAAGGGAGUAGGCAAUAUGGAAAGCGUAAUUUUAAUACACAAUCUGGAAUAUGAAGUGGCGGUCCUUUGAAACAGUCAAUUACACUUGAGCGCGGGAGGGACCCCGGUGUUAAUUACUAGUCGGUUUUAUAUAGAGUGUAAAUAAAGAGCUUGCUGACAUUCACAUUCCAUCACUAUGUCCUGACUGCCACAGCAAAUUAGCCAGGCCCCUAUGGGCUCCACUGGACCCUGAGCGUUCAUUUAACACUAGAAUAACACUCACUAACACUCACUGCAAACAAGGGAGCAGAGGGCUGCACAGGCUGGGCUAGCAGAGAUGCUGAUUAGAUUCACAUUGAGAUCUUGGCUGUUAAGAAAAAUAUUUGGGUUGUUAAAAAGUAGUUAAUUAUGGAGGUGUUUGUGAGCAGUUCACUUUAAGCAGUCAUAUUUGAACGACUUACAUAGACAAACAAUAUUGAUGUCAGAUAAGAUUUAAGAAUUUUAAUUCAAAAUUUAUUGAGAAUUUUAAUACGUAAUCCUUAACCAAAAUACUUCAAAUAGUCGUGAGUCCACAGCUGGGUUUUAAUAGAAUGCCCAAACAAUUGCUUUAGAUACUAAACAAUUGUUAACUACCUUAUGUUUUUUUUCUUGCUGAAAAAUCCCCCCUCCAUCUUUCUACAUGGAGGAGGACACUCUUGUGUUGUGAAUCACCUCCGCUUUAGCCUUCUCAUCUUACCUCUCACUGAGAGACGAGAAGAUAAUCCCUGCCUGCCCAGUACUGUCAAAGGUCACCACAGUUUAAAGUUCACCAUCCACAUCAUUUAUAUGGCCCUAAAUUAGUCCCAACC